AUGAGUGCUAAUAAAGUAGAAGCUGGUUUUGUGCAAGCUCAAUCAAAUAACCUUCCAAAAGUGGAUUCUUUCAUGGUAUUUGAUUAUCUAAGUAAUCAUUCUAAGUUCACCAGCGCUGAAGUCCGUGGUUGGAAACUACAAAGAUCGGCACGUGAAACCUAUGGAGAUGAUGCUGUAGGAUUUGUUCAAGUCCAGAGGUCGGGACGUGUUUGUACGGUAAAAGCAAAAAUAACGCCUGAACAUAGAAUAAAAAGUAAAGCGUAUAGCUGUACAUUUACAUGUGAUGAAAAAGAGGAAACGGUUUUGAACGUGGACUGUCAUGACUGUGCUGCUCAAAAGGGAGGUUGCAAACAUAGCGUAGCGUUUUUGAUGUGGCUUCAUAGACGCAGCAAGGAGCCAUCUCCUACUGAAAAAAAAUGUUACUGGGCCAAAGCAAAGCUGGCUACUAUAGGUACUAAAUUUAUAAAAGCUAAAGAUAUGGGUCCCAGUUCAGUUACUACUGAAGAUAAAAAUAUUGAUAACACCAAUUCAGAUCAGUUUUUCCUAGCAGUUGUGCAAAGCCUAAAGGAACAUUCUAUUAAAAAUCAGUUAUCAGUAUACGUAACAAAGAAUGAGUAUAAAAAAUUGUCUUUGCAUAACCUCAUUCAUCAAUACAAAAAUGAAGGCAAUAAUAUAAAUAGUGCAGAUGAUUUUAUUGAUUAUUGCUCUACUAAAAUCACCAUAGAAAAAUGUCACAAAGCAGAGGAAGCAACAGUUUGUCAAGCUAGUUCACCGUUAUGGCAUGAGUUAAGGUAUUGUAGAAUAACCGCGUCUAAAGUUCACGAAGCUGCACAUUGCAAGACUCCUGAUGGUGCUUUGAUUGAACAAAUAUUUGGUGCCUCUGUACCCGAGACUCUGUCUAUGAAAAGAGGCAAACGAUUGGAAUCCAAUGUCAGAGCAGAAGUAGCCAAAACAAGGAAAAUAGUUAUUGAAAAUUGUGGUUUUUUUUUUAAAACCUGA